AUGUGCCCCCAGAGGUACAUUACGUUUAAGAACCACUGGACUCUUGUGAAUUGAAAUUAAAAUAAUACUAGUUUAUCUAAGUAUUAACUCAAAGAAUAAUUAGCUUUACUGCUGGGUUAGUGACAUUUGAGAUCCAUUUUGACUGUCGAAUGGUAGUUUUAUUGUGGCGAAAGCGCACCGGAAGUUGUUCAGUGUCGCUCCCGUUCCGGUUGACCGUUUGUGGUGAGAGCCGGAGGGCGGUAGUCUGUCAGGCAGUGAAAGAGAAGGCGGAGACCAACUCAGAGCCGAAAACUCAGCCUCUUCUGGAUCACGUUCAACUCCGCUGAACGACCCCACAAUACGAUCCAAAAAAGUAAGACUGGAAGAGGAAGGAAGACAAGAAAAAAAAGUGCAAAAAAAGAGAAAAAAACAAAACCCCGCAACCAACUUCUUCUAAGUCGCCAAGAAUUGUCUUCCGGUGUUAAUUUUUUUGGUGCUUGUUUUUCUUCGCAAGAGAAACCCCUCCAAAAGCACAAGGUUUGAGCGUGAGAAAUGUGAAGCUACCGGUGUUUGAAGCAGGCUCCAGGAGACUCCUUGUUAAUCCAUGCAGUACAGUGCAAUGGAUGAAUUUCAUCCCUUCAUCGAGGCACUUCUUCCUCACGUCCGUGCCAUCGCCUACACCUGGUUCAACCUCCAGGCCAGGAAACGCAAGUACUUCAAGAAGCACGAGAAGCGAAUGUCCAAGGAUGAGGAGCGCGCGGUGAAGGACGAGCUUCUGAGUGAGAAGCCCGAGGUGAAACAGAAAUGGGCGUCCAGGCUGCUAGCCAAGCUGCGGAAGGACAUCCGGCAGGAGUACCGGGAGGACUUCGUCCUCAGUGUGACGGGCAAGAAGCCCCCGUGCUGCGUGUUGUCCAACCCGGACCAGAAGGGCAAGAUCCGCCGGAUUGACUGUUUGCGGCAGGCCGACAAAGUUUGGCGCCUGGACCUGGUGAUGGUCAUCCUCUUCAAAGGCAUCCCCCUGGAAAGUACGGACGGCGAGCGCCUCGUCAAGUCUCCGCAUUGCACCAACCCAGCACUUUGUGUCCAGCCUCACCACAUAACAGUAUCGGUCAAGGAGCUGGACUUGUUUCUAGCAUACUAUGUCCAGGAUCAAGACUCGCAGCAGUCAGGAAGUCCAAGUAACAAUGAGCCAGGCAAAAACCCUCUUCCAGUUUACUUGGAAGACAGUUUCAUCAAAUCAGGAGUCUUCAGCGUUGCCGAGUUGGUGCGAGUGUCCCGAAUGCCCAUCACCCACGGCGCAGCGGUACCUUUCUCCAUGGCGGACAUGCCCGGCCAACACUACUACCAUGACCUGAACUCCAGUGUGGGACUGCACCGCUCCCUGUCCUCCCCUCCUGGCAGUAAAAGGCCUAAAACGGUCAACAUGGAGGAGAACAUGGACACCAGCCCGACUGGACCAGACUUCUACUCGUCACCAAGCUCACCAGCCAGCAGCCGGGCAAACUGGCACGACAGAGACGGAGACAUGUCUUCUCCCACCAUGAAGAAGCCAGAGAAGCCGCUGUUCAGCCCCACCUCCCCGCAGGACUCCUCGCCACGACUCAGCACUUUCUCUCAGCCGCAUCACCUAUCAAGUGGGGGACACAGUGUUAUAUCAACAAGGACCCCCCCACCCCACUCGCCACUGCAGUUUUCCACCUCCACCAUCCUGCCCCCGGCGCCCGCGUCCUAUUUCUCGCACCCCACCAUCCGCUACCCGCCACACCUCAACCCUGCCGACCCCCUCAAGAGCUACGUGCAGUCGUACGACCCGUCCAGCCCGCAGAGCAGCCAGACGAACAGCAGCGGCCAGGGGGUCGGAAAGGUCCCAGGCCACUUCACCCCCGUCUUGGCUCCUUCUCCCCACCCUGGCACUGUGCGACCCGUCUCCCUUUCCAUGCCCGACACCAAGCCCAUCACGACAUCAACAGAAGGCUACUCCACUCCCGGCACCCCCACGGCUAACCGUUUUGUAGGCCUGAGCCCCAGAGAUCCCGCGUUCCUGCACCAGCAGCAGCUGAGGAAGUGUGACUGGAGCGUGACUCAAAACGGCAGGCAUUAUGGCCCCAGUGCCACUGACGACACUUUGGGGAUUACUUGGCAAAGUCCUGGUACCUGGGCGAGCUUAGUUCCAUUCCAAGUGUCGAACGGGACUCCGAUUCUGCCAACAAAUGUCCACCAGAACUACAGCAUAAACAUCAUUGGUGAACCCCUGGUCCCCGCUGAGACGGGGAACUGAGCAGGCCCCAUCCCCGACCCACCCUCCCCCUACUUUUGGGGGUAGGCGCGGGAGCGUUUUUGGCGGCGCGGAAACGAGCACUACAGGCGUGGACGAAACCAGCAAAGCAGCCGGCGCCGCAUGGCAUCCCCCUCCCUCCUGCUCACCUCAACUCUACCACACACACCCCCUCCCCCCUCCGCUCCUGUACCUCCUCCUGAUGACGGACGCCGGUCCUGAAGUGAAGACGAGGGACGGCUCAGAGAGGAGGACGCUUCAGGUCUGCCGUCUCCCGGCGCACACCCACCAGUCAGCUGUCGUGUUUGCAGAACUGUCGGAUUCAUUCAGAUACUGUGAUGUAUAGAUGCCUUAAUGUUUGAUUGCAUGACACUCUAGACUCUUAGCAGCGAUUCCUACUAUUUUUCCACAAUGGAGGCAGAUUUAAGGUUUAAAAAAAGAACAACACAUAAUCCAGGGUGGAGUUGGGAGGGGCGGGUCUUGCGUUUUGACACCUGCCCGGUUGGAUGGCAGGUGAGACUCACUGUGUACAACCAUAGGAACAAAAACAAAAUUGUGAAUUUAGAGUGUUUCUUCUUCCGUUUGAUUUCAGUUUACUGUGACUCGAUAAAAAAAAAAAAUUUUUUUUGUUUGUUUGUUUAUUGCUACUUAUUUCAAGAAUUAAUGCAAACACUUAUGGCAAGAGUUGAAAACUCUUCACGCAGUUUUGAAAAAACACUAAAUGCUUGAGAUUGGACCCUUCCUGAAGAGAAUUUGCAACUCCUUUUCAAAAGGAUCAUUUUAUUUUGGAAAAAUAAAAAAAAGAAGAAGAAGACGACGAAAAAUAGCGACAGAGGCAAGUGCAAUUGAAUUUUUGUUGUUGUUUUUGUUUCGAAGGGAAGCUAUCAGUCUCUCAGCCCUAAGACUCUAAAGGAAGGGUGAUAAAGAAUGAAAAAAAAAAUGUUCCAGGAAUCAUUCGGUCACAUAUCCGUCUCUUCGCUUGAGGGAAAAAAAAAAAAAAAAACAUUGUUAAAGGCAGUCGUUAGCAAAGCAUUAAGCUACCUGUGCAGAGCAAAACCAGCACUUACCUUGAGCCCUCCCCAUUAUAACGGGGAGAUUCUUUUUUUUAAUUUAUUUUUUGGGGUCAAAAAUAAAAAAUAAAAACACCUGAAAUGAAUCAUGAAAUGAAACACACACAGUGUGUGACAGACGUUUUAUUUUUGAAAUGUUGAGCGCAUUUGGCCAUCAGCUUGUAAAGCUUGUGUUUACAGGGAGAAAACAAGAAAGAAAGAAAUCAUGGAGUGUUAAUGAAUGAAAAUUUAUGAAUAUUGUAAAUGUACUGUAGACUUCACGAGUAACGCUUGUGUAAGGUUUUACUCUUAACGGUUGGAAAAUUCAAAUCCAGGUUAUGGCAAAUCCCUGAAAUCUCGAAAAAAGAAAGGGGGGGGCGGGGUCUCUACCAAGCCGCCGCCCCCUCCAUUCCAGAAAAGAAAGCAACUCUCCAGUUCUCUUAAUUUGCACGAUAACAUAAAGUCCACAUGACGUGCCUUGCCUUUGAAAAUAGAGACAUCACUACACUUGUUUUUGCUGCAUUUAUCAUUAUAGAAAAAAGAAAGAAAUUAACAUUUUUAUGAUAAUUGUUUUGUUUUGUACUCUGAAUGAAAUUGUUGAUUUUUAACUUCAUGUACUACUCUUUCUCACAGUUACAUCGCAUAUCAAAGCUGUGUAUAGUUGCAGUUUGAAAGUUUGUAAUCAACCAGCUUUUGUGUUUUUGUUUUCCUCAGUAUUUUUUGGUGUUUUUUUUUCUUCUAAUCUUGUCAUCUUUUUUUUCCCUCUCUUUUCUUUAACGCGUUCAUCUUCCAGUUACUAUUGCGGGAGGGUGGAGUUUGGAAUUAUGAAAAUUAUGCAAUACCAAGUUUUGCCUAUGUAGGUAGUGCUUAUAGAUGCGUUAAUUAUUAGAGGCUAGUUCAGAGGUAGAUGAUAUCGUAAUGCAUUUAUUUAGUUGAUAUUGUUGUUUGUCGUCGGUGUUGUUGUUGAUGUUGCUGUUGUUGUUGCUGUUGUUGUUGUUGUGGGUGUUCUUCCUCUUUUUUUUGUUUUUUUCGUUUAAUCGACCAAAGUGGGGACUGCUUUCUAUGCAGCGUGAGACAAGGUCUGUUUUUUUACUUUUCAUUCUCUCUUCAACAAACAAAAAGGAGCCAUGGCGACAUGAUGACUUUAUGUAUUUGGAGCUUUUAUUUUCGGCGAUUACUGGAAAAAAACAACAACAAAAGGUUGCAAAGUCCCUGAUUGGUGCCAACCAUUGACUGUAGAACAGAACUGGACUGAAAAAAAGGGCUUACUUGCAGAUCCAACAAAAUAAAGUUGCAAUUUUUUUGUAAUGCCAACGCCGCAAUGUUGGAGCCAGAUGACAUCCGUAAGCACGAGGUGGUUUAAGUUAUUGUUUCUAUGGCAGCCAAUCAGGAGUGAGUUUGUUGGAAGUCCACACCCCUUCCACAUGAAACUAGGCUACAUCUGUUAAUGAGUAAUAGCUAUUUAUUUCUCUAUAGACGUUUAUGGGAAUUUGGCUUCUAAUAGCCAGCGGGUACUUCCUGUUUGGAAUGUGAGGGGGGAGGGGUCACUCAGUCCAGUUCUCAUAUACAGGCAAUUGUGCCAACACCUCCAAUUUCUUUUUUUUCUUUUUUUUUCUUUGUGGGAGAGACUGCUUGACUUGAGCUGGACAAUCGUUUUUUUGCGUCGGGGAUCUCUGGGAUCCCCUUUAGGGCCGCGGCUAAGGACGGACACGCUUGUAAAAGAUGUCGCCAGAUGCAAAAUCCCGAGUAGAUGCCUUAAAACCCAUCAGCAAAGUGGCCUGUGACCUGCGCAACAAUCACACACCGACGUAUGCUAGCGAGACCUGUCCAAAAUCAAGCUCCCGGCAGGCUCAAGCAAGCCUUUAGAAAGUAUUUUAUAGAUUUGUAUAAAUGUAAAUAAUUACUACGCACAUUGAAACUAGCGGAACCAGUCGUCCAGCAAACCGGUAGAAUCUUAUUAGAACCCACCCGGAGGAAAAUAGAGCACUUAAAUAGCACAUAGGCAAUCAUCCUGUCCCUUCAGUCAGUGCUCAGAAGUCACUCGAAACCUCUCAGGCGUAUCCCAGGGCAUUAUUUGUGUCAAUCAUUGUCUUCUGAAGUAGGAAGUAGAAUAUAAUAAAAAAAAAGUAAACUCUUGGCAGAGAAGUAGCGCCUCCGGUGCUGCCAUGACACUUUUUUGCACUCUUUCCCUACAAUCGUGAAAGACGCGCUCGCAGAGAGGGCUACGGAGCAGAAAUCAUGAAAUGAUCCUCAAGUCAAGCUCGAUCUCUCCACUUUUACACGUAUAAUUAGAAAAAACAACAACAAAGACAGUCAUGCUGUUGUAUGUGCAGUUUCUUCAUCUUCUUUUUUUUUUUUUUAAAGAAAACUGUAAGUACUUUGCAGCCUUUGGAGACCCCGCUGAGGUGCGUUGACUGUGCGUGGAUGUGUUAAAAUUAAACCAGACUGUACAUAGCGGUUUAUGUCCCGGUCGGUGGCGUUGAACUUUCAGUGCGAACACGUGAAUGUCUGAGCGGGAUCGCACAGCCAGAGGAGAUGAUGAGGGACAAAUGAAAGCCUGCCGAAGGACAGGAUUGUGUACACUGUAAACUCUUCUGGGGAGUUGUAUGUAAAUCUUUAUUUUUUGAGGGAAGAAGGUCCAUUUUUAGGAAUAUUUUUGAUUGAUUUUAGAGUUAGAGCUCCCCCCAUUUCCCUGAUUGGUAGAAUACAAAGUGUUUUUAUCAGGAGUUACUAUGUAAAAACAAAAUAAAAGCGGUGUUAGGGCAGGACAUUUGAAAAAGAACAACAGUGAAGGCUUUUGCUUUUAAUUGUUUCUGUUAAUGUUAUUUCUAGUUUGGUGUUUCUAUUGGGGGGGGGGACCUGACGUAAAUAUUUGAAUUGUUCUCCUAGUGAGCCCAUAGCCAGUGGAUUGUGGGUAAUCACGUUUUGUGGGUGUGAGUUGGUGUCGCAGAAGGUUUUGGCGUGUUUCUCGUAGCAGCUGGGAAGUGAUGUCAGUUAAAAAAAAGAUUAUUUUUUUUAAUUCCCCCCCAGAUUGCACCUAACCUUAAGUGAGAGGCCGGGUAACAACAGACAACAACAAAACACACUGCUGCAGCGACUAACAUCCAUAUUUUUCUGUCUUAUUUAUGUUUCCUUGUGGUUCUGGUGCAAAAGAAUCGGUGCUACGUCGGCCAUCUUCUCUAGAAUUUGAAAAACCUUCGUUAUGAUACAUUUCCCAUCAACCCCAGGUGCUUCGCUAAAAGGUACUUGAUUUUAGUGUUGGAAUGUAGCACGUUUGAAUCAGUGUUUAGCCCAUUUUAGAAAGUAUUACCACUCUGAUCGCAAGGGAAGGGGAGGUUUUGUAUGCAAGGAGGACCUGUGGCCCUCAAGCAAUACGCGGGACUUUUAGUUUUUUUCUUGUUUUUCGUGAAAACGCCGUAGAAUCCGCCGGGCCCAUAAGGCAUUUUCACAGGAGCGGAAACACUCGCCUUUGCCCCACAUAAGCAAUACUCACCUUUUUCCGUAUUCAGGCUAGCUGCUAGCCACUCGGCAUCAGGUUGCUGUUAAAACCGAAACAUGACGAAACCAGCAUUUUUACCAGAUUUGAACCCCUCACCUAAAGGAGAUCAGACGAUAGCAAUGCAGUGCCUGUUCAAGCUGUGUCUGUUGUGUACAUACAUAUGAUGUAAAAUGUGAUAGACUUCCUGCUUGAUGAGAUCAAAAACAGCAGCUACUCAGAGGAAAAGUGCGGCAUCUCUUUUGUGACGUAUUCCUGCCCACUUCAGAUUUUAUUUUGAAAGGACGUGCUUCCCCCUUUUUUCUUUCUCUUUCCUGGAAGUGGACGAAAUAAGUCUUGGGAAGAGUCACCCCUCUCUGUUUGUUUUUUUUUCUCCCCCCCACAGCUGAUAUCUUGUUUUCUUUUUGGGGGGUGGGGCGGGGGUCUUGUGGCACUUUUACUUCCCUCUACGCGCCGUUUCAAGGAAACACGGUGGAGUCAGGAACAACAACAACAACACCAACAAGUGAGCAGUCUCCAGUAGUGAUCGUAGUUCCACUGCGAGUGUGUGCAACGGUCUAUGUAUGUAUCUGAAUGUACGUUUUAGAGGACUUCUUUUUUGUUUGUUUGUUUGUUUUUUUGUUCUAAUUUGCAGUUUAGGAGCCACAGGUGUCCAUUGUGAAUAGCGAAGGCCUUGAUAUCCCUUCUUUUACUUUUUUCCUUUGUUUUUUGUUUUUGUUUUUGUUUUUUAGAGACACCAAGCAGUAGGCAAUGCCUUCGAGCUGGUUACAUUUGAUGCAGGGGCUAAAAUUGCCACAAGAUUAAAAAUCAGUGUAAAUAAAGGCUCAACUUUUUGUGAUUGUUACUGUUAUAUCCAGCCUAUACUGCUAGCAGCUGUUUUUACUGCAGUCAAUUACUGGAAGUGGAUAUAUUUCCUAUGCAAAACUGUUUAAACAAUAAAAAUGAGCUAUGCUACAAAAAUAA